AAGCAUGUAUUUUGGAUUGCAGAGAAUUUGAUUUCAUUUAGUAAAUGGUUCAAAAUCAAAAAGAAUUAUUUCUUAGAUUCGGAAUUACUCUCAUUCAUCCAGCUGUGAUUCCCAUCCGAUAGAAGAAUUUUGAAAUGUAGCGAAGUUAGAAAGAUAAUUUUGUAAGAACAUGGUGAUCAGAAUAUAUAUUGGACUCCUUUUGAUAUUGAUGUUGGUAGUAAUACCGUAUAUAAUCAUGAUGAGCAACAACUUACUCCAAACAGGCCUAACGGGAAAUAAGAGCUUUAAGACGGGCCUAGAAGAAUCGUUCCAACCAAAUUAUGGUACCGGUAACAGUACAGUUGACAAUAUCAAUGGAAAAAUUCGAAACCAAGAUAAAUCCAGUUGCGUGAAGAAGGUUUUGAUAUGGUGGAAGACGGAUCUUGCUCGUAAAAACUAUGGAUACGGUGGUACAGAAGGAUUGAUAACUUGUCCUAAUUUUGAUUGUUCUGUCGAUAUAUCGUAUGCAGAAAAUGUAUCAAAGUUAGUUGAUAGCACUAUUGUAAUAUUCCACGCUAGUUAUCAUACAGAUCUCGUGGACUACAGGUUGUUCCAGUCGAAACGAUAUCCCGACCAAAUAUGGAUAUGGCAGACGUGGGAAAGUCCGACUCGAGUUUUGGAAUAUGUAGAUAAACCGCCAGGUUGGUUUAAAUUUAAUUUGACGAUGUCAUUUAGCUCGAAGACUGAUAUUCGCGUACCGUAUGGCUCGUAUGUACCUUAUGAACGGCCCAAGCAUCUACACAGUAGGCCUAAUGCGUCAGAGAUCAACUGGUCACACGGAAAAACAGAUUUAAUCGCCUGGGUUGCGAAAAAUUGUCGGGCAACAACGUGGGCCAGAUUUAAGUUUGUCAAACAUCUACAAACUCGUCUACCUAUUGAUAUAUACGGGCAGUGUGGCAAUUUAUCUUGUCCUGGUUGGAAUGUACCAUGUGAAGCUUUAAAUAAAUAUAAAUUCAUUCUUGCCUUGGAGAACAGUGAGUGUCGUGAUUACAUUACAGAAAAGUUUUGGUGGUGGCCAUUUUUAUAUAAUCUAAACCUUGUUCCGAUUGUUUAUGGAGCAUCCAAAGAAGACUAUCAAAAAGUGGCACCCCCAAACUCUUUUAUUCAUAUAUCAGAUUUUGAUACCCUGGACCAGUUUGUAAAAUACAUUAAUCUUCUCGAUAACAACAAAGGCCUUUAUAAUAAAUAUUUUGAAUGGAAACAGAUGGGGCACGUUGUUAAAGGUAAUAACUAUUUCUCGCCGUCGCGUAUAUGUGCUAUUGUCCAAGUCCAGCCGCCAAAGCAUCAUAAUAUCCAUAACGAAUGGUGGAAGCACACAUGUACACAGCGUAGACAAAAUUGGCAUCCAUUUAUUAACACAUCUUCAAAUGCCAACCAAGAAUAUUAAGCCUGUCAGCAGUUCUUAUAAAAUUAUAUUUCAAUCUUAUAUUGGAAAAUUCCAGACCCCAUUGACGGAUAGCUAGCCCCCUUCAACCAUCCAACCAACAGGCCCGUAGCCAGGGGGUUUUUAGGGGUUCGGGCGAACCCCCUUUUUCAGCGAACCCCCCCCCCCUUUUGCCAGCGAACCCCCU